CCUCUUCCUGCAGAAGAAAAACCAGAAAUAACACCUGUCCCCAAAGAGGAAAAACCUAAAGAAGCAUUUCCUGUUCUUGCAGAAGAAAAACCAGAAAUAAUACCUGUAUCUAAAGAGCAAAAACCUGAAGCAAGAGUUCCUGUUACUGAAAUAGAAAAACCGGAAAUAACACCUGUUCCUAAAGAAGAAGAACUCGAAGAAAAAGUUCCUCUUCCUGAAGUAGAAAAACCAGAAAUAACACCUAUUGCUAAAGAGGAAGAACUUGAACAAAGAGUUCCUGUUACUAAAGAAGAAAAACCACAAAUAAUUCCUACUCCUAAAGAGAAGGAAAAACCAGAAAUAGCACCUAUUCCUAAAGAGGAAGAACCUGAAGAAGAACAACCUGAAAUAACACCUGUCUCUAAAGAAGAAAAACCUGAACAAAAAGUACCUGUUCCUGAAGUAGAAAAACCAGAAAUAACACCCGUCCCUAAAGAA